CCAUUCCUCUUUCAUGUAGGACUCUGAAUCCACAGAACCUUAAAUCAUAUGCUCACAACAACAGGAUCUAACUCUUUUUUAUGUUCUCCUCAGUUGCAGGUGAAAUCCAACUCAUACUGGUAAACAACUGCCAGCACAGUGUGUGGCCCGGCAUUCUUGGCAGCACCGGCAACCCCUCGCCCGAAGAUGGUGGCUUCCACCUCGGCGCCAGUGAGGAAGCAGUCUUUGCCGUGCCCACCGGAUGGUCCGGCAGGAUAUGGGGCAGGAAAGGCUGUUCCUUUGACGAGCAAGGAAAGGGCUCCUGCGACACUGGGGACUGCGGUGGCAUCCUGCACUGCAAGGGCAUGAGCGGGGCGCCACCCACCACGGUCGUCGAGAUGACGUUCGGAACCACCGUAUCUCCCCUUCACUACUACGACGUGAGUUUGGUCGAUGGCUUCAAUCUUCCGGUCUCAAUGUCUCCGGUCGGUGGAGGGAUCGGGUGCGGCGUGGCAGGCUGCGAGGUGGACUUGAACGCAUGCUGUCCUUCCAGGUUUGUGGUGGUGAAGCGAGGGAAGGUGGUGGGGUGCCAGAGCGCAUGCUUGGCGCUGCAGACAGACAAGUACUGCUGCACUGGGGACUAUGGCUCUCCAAAGAGUUGCAAGCCCACACUCUUCUCCCACCUCUUCAAGUCCAUAUGCCCUCGAGCUUACAGUUUCGCAUAUGACGACUCUUCGAGCCUGAACAAGUGCAGGGCAUCACGAUAUCUUCUCACUUUCUGUCCUGCUCCAAGAUAAGAGAUGUGGUGUUGAUUUCUUUGUAGUUGUAGGCUUAGUCUAAUUGGUUUUUAUAGUUGCAUCACUCGAGUACUUAAUAUUUAUAGCUAGCUAUGCUAAGUAUUGUUCUUAGUUAUGGAACAACAGCUUUGUUUAUUUCCCUAACGAGAAAUCAGUUACUGAGAUUCA